AGAUGCACUUCGGUCUUGCAGUAGAUGCGGGAAUUGCUUUGUGAGACGGCAGUUGGCUGCUACUCUGUGAAAUGCCCAUGGAGACGGCAGUUGGCUGCUACUCUGUGAAAUGCCCACGGAGUCCUGAAGCGCCCUUGAAUAGCAUUUACAAGGAGCGACGUAUCGCUUUCAAUUUGGAGAGAAAAACAUUAGAGUUCAAGGGCCACAUCAAUGCCUACUUCGACUGCAUAAAAUUACUUUUUGCAUCUUGUUUCUUGGUAGCUGGAAAAGGAAGCCCUAGUGGAGCUUUGGGUUUUUGUUUUUCUCGCUCUUAACCUUUUCUGGGAGAUUGACAGUCUUAGGAAGUACGUCAGCCCUCGAGAAGUGCAUGUUCAAGUAACCCAUUCGAUGCCUCCCCAAAAAAUUGAGAUCUUUAAAUCCUUGGAGGACUGGGCAGAGCACAAUAUCUUGGUCCACCUGAAAGCCGUAGAGAAGUCAUGGCAGCCUCAGGAUUUCUUGCCUGACCCUACUUCUGAGGGUUUUCUCGAUGAAGUGAGGGAACUAAGGAAGCGGGCUGAGGAAAUCCCAGAUGAUCACUUUGUUUGCUUGGUUGGAGAAAUGAUCACUGAGGAAGCUUUGCCCACCUAUCAGACAAUGCUUAAUACCCUUGAUGGUGUUCGUGAUGAAACUGGGGCAAGCCCAACUUCUUGGGCAGUUUGGAACAGGGCCUGGACUGCUGAGGAGAACAGGCAUGGUGACCUUCUAAACAAGUACCUCUACUUAUGUGGGAGAGUGGAUAUGAGGCAGAUCGAAAAGACGAUUCAGUAUCUUAUUGGAUCAGGAAUGGAUCCACAUGCGGAGAACAGCCCCUAUCUUGGCUUUAUUUACACAUCUUUCCAGGAGAGGGCGACCUUUGUGUCACAUGGUAACACUGCAAGGCAUGUAAAGGAGUAUGGGGAACUGAAACUCGCUCAGAUCUGUGGAACCAUUGCUGCUGAUGAAAAGCGCCAUGAGACAGCCUACACCAAGAUCGUGGAGAAGCUCUUUGAGAUUGACCCUGAUGACACGAUCUUGGCAUUUGCUGACAUGAUGAAGAAGAAGAUAUCCAUGCCUGGUCGUUUGAUGUAUGAUGGGCAAGAUGACAACCUCUUUGAGCAUUUCUCGGCUGUUUCUCAGAAGUUGGAGGUUUAUACAGCUAAGAAUUAUACAGAUAUCCUUGAAUUCCUAGUUGAUCGAUGGAAUGUUGAGAAGCUAACGGGUCUUUCUGGGGAGGGGCAGAAGGCCCAAGAUUUUGUGUGUGGCUUGGCUCCAAGGUUUCGGAGGUUGGAAGAGAAAGCCCAAAGUCUGGCAAAGCAAGUCGCAACAGUUCCUUUUAGCUGGAUUUUCAACAGGGAAGUUCUGUAGAAGGGCCACUAAGGUCAGUUAUACUGCUCUUAGACAUGGAUAGGAUUUCUUUCACACUGGUUGCUCUGCAACCACAUUUUCAAUUUGGGUUCUUCUCCAAUGGGAUGCGGGUUAGCUGGUGGAUCUCUGAGUCAUCAUUUGCCAUAUUCUCUCGAUGUUUUCUCGUGUUGGGAAUUUCAUCAAUUAGACGUAGUUUGAGGUCCAUGGUUUGCUUAGUAAGGUUGAGCUUAUUGACAUGGGAAAUGAUGAUAUAAUAUGGGUCUAUGUUUGCAGUAUCUGAUGUAAGGAACUGGUUUUAUAUUGAUUAUCCUACUCAAUUCUCUCAUUAUAAUAUGGAUAUAUAAUGCGUGACACUACCUCUUCGUUU